AAGAUGCAGGGUGGUUGCCGUUCUCGGGCAGAGACGCUCUGCGGAACUGUCGUUGGCCGGAACUGGAUAAUUGCUUCCCGGCGGACUUCUGAGAACGACGCCCCGGGGCAAGAUGGCGGUCGGUCCUCGGUUGCUGCCCCGGGUCUGGUACAACUCAGGGGUAUUGGGCUAAGGCAACGAUAGCUGUGGCUCCGACCUGGAGCGCGGGGGCUUCAAGCAGAAAAGAAGCUCCUCUGAAGUGAGAAGCUGCCCUCUGCCAUGAGUCCUGUGCAAGAUCACUAAUGAAUACCUGGCAUUUCUACGGCACGAGCAGGUCCUCAGGUGAGCUCCGGACUUCCACUGCUGGGGGCAGAAAGAGGCUUGUGUAAGUUUGCAAACAUGUUCACCGUUUCUCAGACCUCGAGAGCCUGGUUCAUUGAUAGAGCCCGUCAGGCUCGAGAGGAAAGGCUGGUGCAGAAGGAACGUGAGCGGGCAGCCAUUGGAAUUCAGGCCCAUGUCAGGAGUUUUCUCUGUCGGAGUCGACUGCAGAGAGAAAUCAGGAGAGAAAUUGAUGAGUUUUUUAAAGCAGAUGGCUCUGGAUCCAGUAAAAGAAGCGCACUUUGUGUUUUUAAGAUUGCCAGGAAACUGCUGUUCUUGUUCAGAAUUAAAGAGGAUAAUGAGAGAUUUGAGAAGUUGUGUUGCUCUAUUCUGAGCAGCAUGGAUGCUGAGAAUGACCCCAAGGUGUGGUAUGUGUCUCUGGCUCUUUCCAAGGAUCUCACCCUCUUAUGGAUUAAACAGAUCAAGGACAUUCUGCGUUAUUGCUGUGAGCUUCUUGGGCAGCUCAAGCCUGAAAUCUUACAGGACUCCAAGCUCAUCACACUGUACCUCACGAUGCUUGUGACCUUCACAGACACUUCAACAUGGAAAAUUCUUCGGGUAAAAGGUGAGAGUCUUCGACCAGCCAUGAACCAUAUCUGUGCAAAUAUAAUGGGACAUCUGAACCAGCAUGGAUUUUAUUCUGUGCUACAGAUAUUGUUAACCCGUGGCCUGGCGAGACCUCGGCCUUGUCUGUCCAAAGGCACUUUAACUGCAGCCUUUUCCCUAGCGUUGCGCCCUGUGAUUGCUGCACAAUUUUCAGACAAUCUGAUUCGGCCAUUCCUCAUCCACAUCAUUUCUGUGCCUGCUCUUGUGACUCAUCUCAGCACAGUGACCCCUGAGCGCCUCACUGUUUUAGAAUCUCAUGACAUGCUUCGCAAAUUCAUCACAUUUUUAAGAGAUAAAGAUCGAUGCCGUGACGUAUGUGAAAGUUUAGAAGGAUGCCAUACACUUUGUUUAAUGGGCAAUCUCCUACACUUGGGCUCCCUCAGCCCCAGAGUGUUAGAGGAGGAGACGGAUGGGUUUGUGAGUUUGCUCACCCAGAUGCUGUACUACUGUCAGAAGUAUGUGUCCCAGAAGAAAUCCAACCUGACGCACUGGCACCCUGUCCUUGGCUGGUUCUCCCAAUCCGUGGACUAUGGUCUUAACGAAUCAAUGCCCUUGAUCACCAAACAGCUGCAGUUCCUAUGGGGGGUGCCUCUAAUCAGGAUCUUCUUCAGUGACAUCCUGAGCAAGAAGCUGCUGGAGAGCCAGGAACCAGCCCACGUGCAGCCAGCAUCCCCACAGAAUGUGCUUCCCGUGAAGAAUCUCCUCAAACGUGCAUUUCAGAAGUCUGCAUCGGUGAGGAAUAUUCUCAAGCCUGUUGGGGGUAAAUGCGUUGAUUCUGUGGAGGUACAGAAGGUUUGCAACAUCUGUGUCCUGUACCAGACCUCGCUGACAACUCUGACCCAGAUCCGGCUGCAGAUACUCACAGGUCUUACUUACCUUGAUGACCUGCUGCCCAAACUGUGGGCGUUUAUCUGUGAGCUGGGGCCCCAUGGAGGGUUAAAGCUCUUCUUGGAAUGCCUCAACAAUGACACCGAAGAAUCUAAGCAGCUCUUGGCCAUGCUGAUGCUGUUCUGUGACUGUUCCCGGCACCUCAUCACGAUCCUUGAUGACAUUGAAGUUUAUGAAGAACAAAUUUCAUUCAAACUGGAAGAGCUAGUCACCAUCUCCUCUUUUCUGAAUUCCUUCAUGUUUAAGAUGAUCUGGGAUGGAAUUGUAGAGAACGCCAAGGGCGAGACCUUGGAGCUGUUCCAAUCUGUCCAUGGGUGGCUUAUGGUGCUGUAUGAGCGGGACUGCCGGCGGCGCUUCGCCCCAGAAGACCACUGGCUGCGAAAGGAUCUCAAACCUAGUGUGCUGUUUCAGGAACUCGACAAGGACAGAAAACGGGCACAACUGAUCCUGCAGUAUAUCCCUCAUGUCAUUCCUCACAAAAACAGAGUUCUCCUGUUCCGAAACAUGGUUACCAAGGAGAAGGAGAAACUGGGGCUUGUGGAAACCAGCUCUGCCUCCCCUCAUGUCACUCACAUUACCAUCCGACGGUCCCGGAUGUUGGAGGACGGCUACGAGCAGCUUCGGCAGCUCUCCCAGCACGCCAUGAAGGGUGUGAUCCGCGUGAAGUUUGUUAAUGACUUUGGAGUGGACGAGGCCGGGAUUGAUCAAGAUGGUGUUUUUAAGGAGUUCUUGGAAGAGAUCAUCAAGAGAGUAUUUGACCCGGCACUCAAUCUGUUCAAGACAACCAGUGGGGACGAGAGACUCUACCCUUCGCCCACAUCUUAUAUUCAUGAGAAUUACCUGCAGCUCUUCGAGUUUGUGGGCAAGAUGCUGGGAAAGGCUGUAUAUGAGGGAAUUGUGGUAGACGUGCCCUUUGCAUCCUUCUUCCUGAGCCAGCUGCUCGGGCACCACCACAGUAUCUUCUACAGCUCUGUAGAUGAACUACCUUCUCUGGACUCCGAGUUCUAUAAAAACCUCACUUCCAUUAAGCGCUAUGAUGGGGACAUCGCUGACCUGGGCCUGACGCUGUCGUACGAUGAGGACGUCAUGGGUCAGCUUGUUUGCCAUGAACUGAUUCCUGGAGGGAAGACUAUUCCUGUUACAAAUGAAAAUAAAAUUAGCUAUAUCCAUCUGAUGGCACAUUUUCGAAUGCACACUCAAAUCAAAAACCAGACAGCUGCCCUCAUUAGCGGAUUCCGUUCCAUUAUCAAACCUGAGUGGAUCCGGAUGUUCUCAACCCCUGAACUACAGCGUCUCAUUUCCGGUGACAAUGCUGAGAUUGAUCUGGAAGAUUUAAAGAAGCACACGGUAUACUACGGUGGUUUCCAUGGAAGUCACAGGGUCAUUAUCUGGCUCUGGGAUAUUCUGGCCUCCGACUUCACGCCCAACGAGAGAGCCAUGUUUCUGAAGUUUGUGACCAGCUGCUCCAGGCCCCCGCUCUUGGGAUUCGCCUACCUCAAGCCUCCUUUCUCCAUCCGCUGUGUCGAAGUGUCAGAUGAUCAGGACACCGGGGACACCCUGGGCAGCGUCCUCCGGGGCUUCUUCACCAUCCGCAAACGGGAGCCAGGGGGCCGUCUGCCCACCUCCUCCACCUGCUUCAACCUGCUCAAGCUGCCCAACUACAGCAAGAAAAGUGUCCUCCGGGAGAAGCUGCGCUACGCCAUCAGCAUGAACACGGGCUUUGAGCUGUCUUAGCUCCCGGCCCCAGACCCAGCUGCCUGCCUUUAUGGAUUCCUGGCCUGCCAGGGACCUUCAGCUCCAGAAGGGUGGCAUUCCCUUGGGAGCGUGACCAUGCCAGGUGACAGCGGCCUCCAGACCCUCUCUAUAGCCAUGAGACUCCCCUGUGGCCUCAAGAACUUUGGACGCACAUGAUGACACUACACAAAGCCCUAUAGGUGACACUGAUGGGAAGAGAGUGUUAGAAGUAAACCUCUAGAUUCUGCCAGCAUUGCUCCUUUUUUCCUACUUCCCAGUGGCCCGAAGCCCAGGCCUGUGAUCGCAGAGGGACUUCUCUUUUUUAUAGUUUGGUCUUUUUGUGAGUCUUUUUCUUUCCUUAACUUUCUGAGUGAGCUGUGCAUGAACAAGUCCCGAGCACUCCAAGGCUCCAGAGUGGUUUUCUUGAUGUGGGCCUGAGUGCAUGAAGCCUACUACGCGUGAUAUGCUCUCCUUCUGUUUCUGAAAACUCUACUCAGGUAAGGCCUUGCCAAGCCUCUAUGCACUCAACAAAAUCUCUGCCUCCAUCCCAUCCACAGCAGGCUCUCUCCAGACAGCCAGGCCCACCUGCUCCCCAGGGAAGCAGAGGUGCCUGCUCGGGAGGCCAUAGAGCACAGGAAGUUCAGGGCGCUGCUCCUACCUGGAAGCCACGCAUUCUACACUCAGUGGGGGAGGGAAGCCGCCUUCCCCACUCAGAGCCUCAGAUGCUCUUUGUCCUCCUCUGUUCCCAUCUCGUGUAUUCACACUGGCAUCCUGAGUUGACGAGAAAAAACUUGUUAGCCCUAAGAGCAUCUCCAUUUCUAGAAGGUCUGGUUGUUACCCAAAGCCCACCGAUUCCCAAGGAGCAGCUGCCUUUCUCCUACUUGUUUGCGUCGCUUGUUAUCUAGUGAGAAACAAACCUAGCCGAAGGUACCUGACCUGUCUGGGCAGUGGCUGUACUCCAUAGAUUUUAAAAUCCCAAGAAACUUGGAUCUUGCGUCCGUCUUGCACAAGACGGACAAGAACCCGGGAGCCCUUUGCACUGAUUCAGCUCACGAGGCUGAGGAAACUCAUGUAUCCUCUGGUUGUUUUUGUUGGUUUUUUUUUUUUUUACUUUGUUUUCUCUUCCAACCCAUUGUGCUCCUCUGCCCUCAUUCUUCGCUCUCUGCCCUCAUUCUUUGCCGUUAUCAUGAGAACUUUACUCUGGAUCCAGGGAGUUGAGACAAAGGCCUUGUUAAUGGUCUGUGUUGACAGCCACCCACCCUCGCUCACCUCAUCAUGCCCCUUGUACUUCCCCACCACCGAGACUGAAGCCAGAAUAAAAGCCAGGAGUGCCCGGUCCCUCCUCUGCUCAGUGGAGGGGCUUCGCCCUUCCAGCUCUUUUCCAAGCAGCUUAACACCUUCCAGCAAGAACCUUGAUAUUGGCAGCAAAGAGGGCAAGGCCUGUCUUCAUGGCCUCCAUCAGAGGGUUUCUAAGCCGUGUUAGAGCCCCUGGCUUCUGGAGAACAGAGCAUGUGUUUUUAUUUUAUGGAAAGACGGCCAGAAAUUUAAAGACAAAUGAAUUCAUUGUUUUAAGAUUUGGUAGUAACCUCUGAUUGUAUGGAUUUGCCGCCUUUAAAUGCUCAAUUCCUUUGAAGAUCUCUUUUGAACGUGUAUGUGCACUGAGCAGGUCUGUACAUUUAUGCUGAAGCCUACAUAAUUGUCAACCUGCACAAAGAAGUUUGAUUCCAUUUUGAUUUUUGUUACCUGAUACUCAGCCUGUGUGGGAUUGGGGAGAGAGUGGUUUCUAAGCACCAACAUCAACUUUGAUUUUUUGAUGAGGAGGGGUAGUUUGUAAUUUCAUUUAAAUUUUUCUCUUCAACAGCUGGAAAUAUUGCACUAUCUUAAAACACUAAAUCUGUACUUUUAUAGCUGGUGUUCAGUGACACCUUGAUGGCUCUUGAUGGCUCUAAAAGUUGGGGUUUUAUUGUUUUCAUAGAUAACUUAUGGAUUAAAACAUGAUCCAAAGGCUUUAUUAAAUUUGUACUUCAGCACACGA